AUGCAACAAAUGCGCGUUGUCGGGCCAGGAGUGUCUUGGUUAUGGAAAGGAAACCCAAGACCCUCGCCGGUCUCUGGACGUCGGCCAGGCGAGACUGGGGCUUUCCAACCUCAAGCUCCUCCCGAGUUUGGGGGGACGCGGGGAGAUGUCGCCGUCGGUUGGGCCCUUGCGGGAGCUGGAGGCCUGGACCAUGAUCAGAUUCACGAUGUACAGGUCAUCUACGCCGAACAUGGUCACGAUGAACGGGUAUUCCGCGGACACCACCAGCAACAGCCAUCGGCUCUGCGUGGUGCGAUGUCGGGGAAAGGCAUAGUCAGCACAGGCGAAAUGGCAGCCAUAGACGAGGACGUGUGCAUUGCCAACGCACCGACUCCAGACCAUCAGGACGACAUCCCUAUCGAGGCCGGCCUUUUUGGUGGUGGAAGCCUGACGGAUCCUAUCUUUCAAGACCUUGAUCGUAAUUCAAGAGCCUAUCUUGCACAUUUCAACGAACGUGUUUGUCGAGACUUGGUGGCAAGAGACUCUCCCAGCAGCAAUCCGUUCCGAGAACUUAUCCCUCUGACCAAUAGGCAUCCGCUGCUCCUUCAAGUACUCAUCGCAACGUCCGCCAUCCACUGGUGUAAUUUGUCUCGGCCCACCAUUUCAGUUCCAACGAGUUUGACUAAUCCAGGCGACUAUCUUGCCCGGUUACGGUUGCGAGAUUCUUCAUCUAGGCAAGCACUCAUACAUGCUUUGACGGCCAAGGAGAAAGCCAUAGCCCACCUUCGCCAAGUCAUGGGUUCCUUGGAUCUAGCUGGCAGCGAGGUGGCUCUAGCCGCUAUGCAUUUCUUUGUCAAGUUUGACUUGAUUGACUUUGAACAAAGAGUUGUGGUUAAAAAAGAAGAAGAAGAGGAAGUUGAAAAAAUUCAAGGUUGGCGGACCCAUCUGGAAGCAGCAAGCAUCAUCUUGGAAUUGUUGCCAUCGGAUUCCUCAAGACAUGCUUCAAGCCGAAUGUUGCGUGAUUGUGUCAUUGCCGAUUGCUUCAUAUAUCACAUUCUUGGCUCGACUCUGGUAGAGACGGCAAUGGCCUCACGCAUAGCGCGAUAUGCAUUCGAGUUGUUGCACGUAAUGAAACGAGUAGAGGUGAACAGUUAUCUCUCGUGUCCGCCAGAGAUUCUCAAAAUCAUCCUCUCCGCGUCCCAACUUUCAUGCCAGGGCCCUUACACUGACUUUCACCUGGAGGCCGCAGAAGAAGCACUCGCACUCAUUGAUGAGGCGCUUGCAUUUGACAUUAACGCAUGGGCGGACCAGCUUCGACAGCUGCCAAACGUGACUGAUAUCAAAAGUCGAUUCCAUGUCGCCUCAGCACACCGUUCGGCAGUGUGUCUGUAUAUCCUCCAGGCAUUGCCGGUAGUGCGCGUCGUUUGCCCCGUCGACGCCAACUUCCUCGUGAGCGACAUCCUCAGCAACCUCGCCCAGAUUGAUGACGAAGACCCGUACUUCAAGGCCACCUCGUGGCCAACGUUCAUCGCAGGUGCGGAGACGCGAGAUGUAGGAAACAGAGACUGGACCUUGAGGCGAUACGAACCCUGA